CAGCUGGCAAACGAAACGAAAGGCAAAAAAGUAUGUAAGAUAUGGCCACCUCAUCGUAAAUUUUAUUGUAGUAUAACUUUAAUUAAUUUACGAUUUACAUAUAUUUAUAAUUUAUUAAAAUGGAUCUCGCGCACAUUUCUUUCAUAUUCCUAAGUUUAUUAUUAACUGUGAAUUGUAUAAUGUGGAAUUUAGAGCCGAACACCAGGAAAUGUUUACGAGAGGAAUUACAGCAAAAUAUACCUGUUAUUGGGGAAUUCGAAGUGACCGAGGCGCUCGGUCAAUCAGUCGAUUACGUGGUGACAGAUUCGAAGGGUCACAUACUUGCCAAACAACAAGGCAUUACUAAGGGAAAGUUUUCUUUUAACACUGAAAGCUUUGAUACGUAUGAAAUCUGCUUCGUAUCGCAAGUACCUGCAAACCUCAAAGGAGUCGCUCAAGAAGUGUCAUUAGUCACCAAACAUGGAGUAGAAACUAAAAAUUACGAUAGCUAUGGUGAAGCUGCCCAGUUGAAGCCCAUUGAAAAAGAACUUAAAAGGUUGGAGGACCUCUCUGAAGCAAUCGUUAAGGACUUUGCUAUAAUGAGACAACGAGAAGAAGAAAUGCGGGAUACAAAUGAAUCAACAAAUAGCCGUGUAUUGUACUUUUCGGUGUUUUCGAUGUGCUGCUUACUUGGAUUGGCCACAUGGCAGGUCCUGUAUUUGCGGACGUACUUCAAGGCGAAGAAAUUAAUUGAAUAGUAUUGGGAAUUUCAUGGAAAAUAUUUUUUAUUUUUGUACAAAAAGCGUCCGAUUUUUUUGCAAUUGCCGAGUAAAUUGACUUUCCGUUAUUUCUUUGUACAUCUUGAUCUGUUUUGUACAGAAAAAGUCGUUAAUAAAAUUUUAUAAAUUAUCGCCUAAAUCAAUUUGUUGCGUAAUAAAUCUUUUUCUAAAUUGUAAAAAAUUUAAACAUGCC